AUGAGGGGACAGUUGUUUGGGUUCCUGCUCAUUGUGUGCGUCCUUAUCAUCAGCCAAAGGGGCAAGGGGGUGGAUUUGGGGGAAUGGAAAAGAAACACGUUGAUCCAGGACAUGGGGAAACUAGCAAACCUUCAUAAUAAAACUGAUUGUUGGGUAUGUAUGCACAUGCCAACUCACAAAACAUCAGGGCUUCCAAUGGUUGCAGUACCUCUGGCCAAAGGCGACUGGUAUAAGGGACAAUGCUAUGGUUGUUCAGGGACAUGGUCUAGCAGUUGGACUACAAGUAACAUAAAUACCUUACACCUUGGAAGCCGGAUCCAAGAGGUGGCGGUAAACUCUGUUUUGACCCAUGACUACUGGACACAAAUAUCAAGGGGAGUUAUUCCCCCUUUAGGAGUCAUGAUGAACUAUAGAGAUUUACAUCGUUUAAACAAUUGGACAGUUACUAUGUUUAAAGACACCAUUAAAACGCUAAAGCUGCUUGAAGAAGAGCAAGGCAAAAUUCUUGACUUUGUCCUGCAAACCAGAUAUGCGGUGGACACUAUUUUGGCUGUGCAAGGGGGAGUUUGCACUGUGGUUCAUACGCAUUGUUGCAUGUAUAUCUCUGAUUAUUCUCCAAACAUUACAGCUACUAUACAGCAUAUGGAACAAACCUUGAAGGAGAAUCCAUUACAAUCGGAGGGUGAGGGACUGGACGUGUGGUCUGCACUUUGGUCCUGGAUGCCAGAUG